UUCGCAACUGCUCUCGGUCGGUCUGACCGACUGCCCGGCUCAGGGUGCCUGUCGCACGAGACGCGCGCGCGCAGGCGAGCCCAGCAGUGCACAGAGAAAUCGGACGCCAAGCCGAAUGAACUGGAGCCUCCGGGGCAGCAUGGACCAGGCAGGGAAGAGGUGGCUGCUGAUGGCGCAGCUGACGCUCGCCGUAGCUUCCUAUCAAGUACAGUCAUUCUUCCAUGUCACCAGUCCUUACUCGGUUUACGUCUGUCCCGAAGGUCAAAAUGUUACUUUGACUUGCAAGAUCAGUGUGCCUUUUGUUGAUCGACAUGAUUUCUUUUACAAAAUUUGGUAUGUCAGCAACCAGAAUGAUCACAAUUGUUCAGAGAAAAGGCAUAUCCGCAAUGUCACAGAAAAGGAGCUGCAUUAUGACGGAGGGAAACACCAUGGGCUAGCGAGUAACAUCACUGCUCAGAAAUCUUUCCAUGGGCAACCAGCAAACCAUCAUGGACUGGAGACCUCUUCAGAUCACCGCGGGACAUUCCAUAUUACCAUAGCAAACCUUACUCUGCAGGACAGCGGGAAGUACUGCUGCUAUGUCAUAGAGGCUAAGAAGGAACACAAUAAGAAGGCCGUUAUCCAGCAACAUGCUCAUGGUUUCAUGGAACUUCGUAUACAGAAAGCAAAUGGUACACUUCCAAACUGUACGUUUCAUCCUGCUGUCAUCAGACAAAGUGAAAACAUCACAGCAGCUGUACUGGCAACAGGGGCCUGCAUUGUGGGCAUUUUGUGCCUGCCCCUAAUCCUGCUCCUUAUUUACAAGCAGAGACAAGCGAUCUCUAACAGGCGUGCUCAUGAACUUGUCAGAAUGGAGAGUAAUGCCCAAGGCAUUGAAAACCCCGUCUUUGAUGAUGUCCCUGCUGCUAAUUUGGGAUCUAAGCCCAGGCCACAGUUAACAUAUAUGGCAAGUCGACAACAGUCAGAGUCAGGUCGGCACCUUCUUUCAGAACCGAACACUCCACUCUCACCUCCAAGUACUGGGGAAUGUUUCUUCCCAUCAUUGGAGCCGGUUCCUGAUUCACCAAACUUGAUGGAUAUCUAGUAACACUUUUCAGGGAGAAAGUCUCAUUGAAUCUUUGACAGCAAUGUGGAUAAGGUUUUGCUUGCUGCUUGAGGGAAAAAAGCUUUUGUAAGGGUCCUUCUAAAAGAGAGAAAUACCUUUGGAGUGUUGGUGCUUGUCUGACAUUGCAAAUUAACUGCUGUGCUCCUUGAUCUUUCUUAGAAAAUUUCAGGGCAGAAAAUAAGUACAGGAAUACUGGGCCCUGCUAACAUUCUGCAAUCUUUGUAUUAUACUUCACAGAGAAGUUGAGGAUUUUAUGGACAAUUAUUGUAGCAACACAUUUCUGCAGGAGUGUAUAUUUCACUACUCCAGGAUUGUCUACAGGACGGGGGAAGUGUAUGAAGAUUUCUUGACUAUAUGGAGAGCAAUCCCACCAACACCAAAAGCCUUAAAAAUUGCACAGGAACCUAAGAAUUGCUGUCCUGCAUUCCAGAUGCCCUCUAACUUGGAUGGAUUAAAAAAAAAUCCUUCAGAAGUUUCUUUUAGAAGAAAUGUUUGUUAAUGAACUAAAUCUUUAUAUAGAUUAUAUUGUAUAUAUGAUUUUAAAGUCUGCGCCACUUUGGUGCUUUGGCAUAGCAGCUGUAUAUUUUGCUUGUAGUUUUGUGUUGAAAGAUCUGACAUAAAAACAUCCCAGUAACUCAAUUCAGUCCUUCUGUAUGAGAC